CGACCUUGCGCGUGCGCCUAGGAGACCCAGAGCCGCUGAGCCAGACGCAUGCGCAGUAGCUUGAUGCGCGCUAGCUCUUGCGCUGUGUGUAGAGCGUCCUGAGGUCGUCAUCUUGCGCAUGCGUACGAUCAGCCCUGCGGUCCGGCUGCAGUGCGCCUGCGCCGUUCUCGGUAUCUCAUUGGUGGUACUCCAGUGCGCCUGCGCAACCUGUUGAGGCUGUUUGUAGUGGCAGGCUGUCGCUCUGUUGUCACGCGGCGUUUUUUGCCGGCCUAGAGGUAGACCCACUAGAAACAUGUGCGCCAGCGGAUGUGAGCCGCGAGUAGUGAAGUUCUAGAAACUCUGGGGAGGUAGCGUGGGGUACGCAGAGCCCGUGGGCCGCUCCUGGGGAGCCGCCUGGAGGAGGGGCCCAGUGAAGGGAAAUCACCGUGCUCAGAAGUGGCAGAUGUCAUUCUCAAGGGCAGAAGGUGGCAGGCGACUGUCCACGCCCAAGACGUGCGCGUGGCCUUGAAGAGCCAGUGGCCCCUGUCCGUACCCACCUCCCUCCAGAGCUUCCCGUGGCGCCUGUUUGGGGACACUGCCCCGGACGCUGACAGCGGGCUCCCAAGGAAAUCGAUGGAGGCCCAGGGUCCCGGGUACCGUCCUGGGAGGCGCUUACGUGUCCCAGGUGGCCGACCCUUGGGGUCCGUGGCUGGGUCUCCCGAGGCCCGGAAGCCUGCUGGAGACUUGUCUGGGACGAGUUUAGGAGUUGAGUUUUCACAAUAACUUAGGAGGUUGCCUUGGGCCUACAAAUCUACAUUACCACCAACAGUAGCUGCUUGGGCUGUGUUGUAACAGCAAGCCAGUUUCCACAGUGAGCUCUGGAUGGCGAAUGUAGGAAGUCAGGAUCUGAGUUCAGUAGCCUGUGACUCCUCUGUGUCUAAUGCAACCAACAAGAACUCUAAGGCUCAUCUUGGGCUGUUUUAUAAAGCCAAGACAGCCACUCAGGUGCUGAUCUGAUGCAGUUGGAGUGGGCCACAUGGCAGAGGACACAGAGAGUCUUGGGGAUCCUCUGGCAGGCACUGAUGCCCUCUGGGAGGCCCUCAGGGCCCUCCUGCCCCCCACCAAGGAGGAGCUGAACCUAGACCUGGGUGAGAAGGUGGACAGGAGCGUGGUGACGCUGCUGCGGCAGGCCACAGGGCUCUUCUAUGCAGGCCAGCUGGGGGAGUGCCUGCAGGCCAGCGAGGUCAUCCUGGACUACACCUGGGAGAAGCUCAACACAGGACCGUGGCAAGACGUGGAUAAGGACUGGCGACGGGUCUACACCUUUGGCUGCCUCCUGAAAGCCCUUUGUCUGUGCCAGGCACCACGGGAGGCUACUGCUGUGGCUGCAGCCCUACGUGUGUGUGACAUGGGUCUGCUGAUGGGGGCAGCCAUCCUCGGGAACAUCCUUAUCAAAGUAGUGGCAAUCCUCCAGGCACACCUGCCAUCUGGGAAGCAGCCUGCCAGCAGCCCUGGCAAGGAGCAGCCCAGAACAAAGCAGAAAGCAAGGAGCAGCCAUGACUCAGCUCCAGCCAUGGAGGCAGAGAGGGCCGUCCCCCGGCUUCGGUGUCCGCCCCUCCAGUACUUCAAGAAUCACUUUCUGGUUCCAGGGAGACCUGUGAUCCUGGAAGGUGUGGCUGACCACUGGCCAUGCAUGAAGAAGUGGAGCUUGGAGUAUAUCCGGGAGAUUGCUGGCUACCGGACUGUCCCUGUGGAAGUUGGUUCCAGGUACACAGAUGAAGACUGGUCCCAGACCCUCAUGACCGUCAGAGACUUCAUCAGCAAGUACAUUGAGAGUGAGGCAAAGGACAUCGGCUACCUUGCUCAACACCAGCUCUUUGAUCAGAUCCCUGAGUUGAAGCAGGACAUCAGCAUCCCGGAUUACUGUUGCCUGGGCAACGGGGAGGAGGACGAGAUCACCAUCAAUGCCUGGUUUGGUCCCCAGGGAACUGUCUCCCCUCUGCAUCAGGACCCCCAGCAGAACUUCCUAACCCAGGUGAUGGGGAGGAAGUACAUCCGGCUGUAUUCCCCACUGGAGUCAGAGGCAUUGUACCCAUAUGAAACACACCUUCUUCAUAACACAAGCCAGGUCGACGUGGAGAACCCCGAUCUGGAGAGGUUCCCCAGGUUUGCUGAGGCCCCCUUCCUGUCUUGCAUCCUGUCUGCUGGAGACCUCCUCUUCAUUCCAGUGGGAUACUGGCACUAUGUGCGUGCUCUGGAUUUGAGCUUCUCAGUCAGCUUCUGGUGGUCGUAGGCUAGGACAAGCGUGGGAAGGGUCUGAGGGACAAACUGAGUCCUCUGGCUCACGGCCCCACACGGCACCGGGUUGGAGUCCCAGUACAAGCAGGACUGAACCUAUGUCCUGAGGAAGCCUUACCAGCCCCAGAAUUGGGGUCACAGAGUGGACAGUGCGCAGAGGAUCACACAGGCCAGGAGGGCCCAGACACAGGCAGACAGCUGAAGGCCUGGCACAGUCAGGAACAGGGCUGGAGCUGCGGUGUGAUUUGGGCCAGGGUCCCUCCAUCCACUGUCCCCAUGUCUCAUCUGGAAAAUGGGGCAGGGCUGGUCCCCACCAGAGGGUCCAGGUGGCAUGUGUGGCCACAGAGCUGCUGUGUGUAUUGCUAGGUCACUGGUAGGACUGAAUUUUUUAUUUGCUGUAAUUUUUUUUCUGUAUUUGUAUUUUUCAAUAAUGUAAGUAAACAGAAAAAAACAGUGUAAUUGUAUUUUAAAAUCAUUUGCUCAGCCGGCUGCCCGUGGCAGGAUGGCAGUGGAAGUGACAGUGGCAUGGGGUGGACAAGGCUGAAUGCUUACCCAGAUGCUGGGGACACAAGACCUCUGGGGAGAUUCCUGCAUGCACAGAGUCAAAGUGCUAGGCAGGGGUGCCACAAGAGGGGAGCCAUGGGAGACAGUCACACACAGAACGUGGGGGAAGCUGCAGAAGUGGACACAGAGGCCAAAGGGAGAUCUGGAAUUUGCACAGGGGUCACCAAGGCGGGCAGGCCUGGAGGCCAAGGACCUGCACAGUUUGCUGGGGCCGGGUAGGCGAGGG